GAGGGCAAAAAAAAGCUAACAAGGAAAAAGUGAUGGAUAAAAUAAAAGCGUGAUAGCUGUUUUUGUGUAAGUAUACAUACUCGGAAUAACAACAUCUACUAAUUACAGGCUACAGAUUGAAUACAUUAAUGAAAUUAAUGAUUAUCUCAAGAAUAAUUAUAAGAUAGUGUAGUGAUAGAUGUGUACGAUAGAUUUAAAUUAUUAUGAGAUUAUAGGUUUUUAAGAAAUACAGAAUAGCUAAAUAGUUCGUAAUUUCGAUAGCACAGAAGAAAGCUAAAACUUCCGUAACAGGACGUUAAUAAGUUUCCGAUUUUUGAUAAAUAUUAGUUGUUUUGGAGAGUAUUUAAUAUACUAUUUUAUUAUCAAGUGAUAAUACUAAACGUACGAUCAGUUAUAAUUCUGUUGUAUGUUGUGAUUGUAAAAUGCUGUUGGUGGAUCAUUAUCACUUAUCUUAAAAGUGGUUUUAUAGUAAUUUUUUGUGCUUGUUAUUGCUAUUAGUAUUGAAUUAAUUUUGAUCGGCGUUUAAAAUACAUAUCAGAUGACUGAAAUUAGUAGUGUGGAUUUUUUAGAGUCGUUUGACACUUUGUACCCAGCUGAUACUGUUGAAUGGUGUCCAAUAUUAGAAUACCAUCAUGUAUUUGUAUGUGGCACUUAUAAACUUGACGAAGCAAACAAAUUAAAAACUGGCACCAUUAAUUUAUUUAUUUUAGAAGAUCAAAAUAAAAUAAAAUUAAUUCAAUCUAUUCCUGAAGAUGCUGUAUUAGAUUUAAAAUGGAAUCCACAUAUAGUUUCUGGAAAAAUAUUGUUAGCAGCUGCAUUGUCUGGCAACCACAUUCGUUUAUACAGUUUAGAUAAAUAUGAUACUGAAUUGUGUCUAAGCGUAUUCUCAAGUUUUGAUCUUCCUAAAACAAAUGGUGAAUGUCAUAUGAGUUUAUCAAUUGCUUGGUCACAUCAUGAAAACGGAUCACAUAAUCUUGCAUUUAGUGAUUCCCACGGUUACAUAACUGUAGUUAAUUUAAAUAAUCAACUGAUUUAUAGUUUCAAAGCUCAUAAUUUUGAGUCAUGGACAGUUGCAUUUAAUCACGGAGAACCUAACAUAUUAUACACAGGUGGUGACGAUUGUAAAUUUAAAUGUUAUGACCAACGCUUACAAUAUGAUAAACCUGUGUUUGAAAAUAAAGAUCAUGAACAAGGAGUAACAACGUGUUCAUCCAAUAAAAUCAGAGAAAACAUAAUUGCUACUGGGAGUUAUGAUGAAAUUGUAAGACUGUGGGAUACACGUAACAUGAAACAUUGUUAUAAUAAUGUUAAAGUAGAUGGAGGCAUUUGGAGGUUGAAAUGGGAGCCUUUAAAAGAAGAAUAUCUUUUAAGUGCUUCAAUGUUUAAUGCUGCUCAUAUAAUAGACACAUCAAUCAAUAAAGCUAAUAUUUGUCAAGCUUUUGGAGAAAAAAAUAAUAGACUUUUUUAUGGAGCUGAUUGGUGCUAUUCCAACAAUAUUCAAUAUGAAUGCAGAACAAAGUCAAAAAACAGAAAAAUAAUUGCAACAUGUUCGUUUUAUGAUCAUAGAUUAGAUUUAUUUUAUGUUAAUAUGGAAUUAUAAAAAGUAUAUAAUAAAAUAAUUGAAUAUAUCAACUACAUUUUA